UCACCCCAACACUGAGCCCGUGAACGCUCUUGAGUCCCGUUAAAGUCACCGACAACCGGCGACGCUGCUCCGGUUGUCACUUCCAGGACUGUUUGUGAAUCUGAGAGCCGCAUUAGAGGACGUCUGUAAAAUAAUAACGUCGGCGACACAGCGGCAGCCGGGAUGACGAGCCUCCAGAUGAGUGCGAAGGAGGAGAUGGUGGAGAAGUUUCUGGAUGCUGCAGCCAGAGGAGAUGUGGUUCAGGUGACCGCACAUCUGGCCCAGAUGCCCUCCAUCGUCAACCAGACGGGAUACAGCGGCUGGACGGCACUGAUGCUCGCGGCUCGCAACGGACACUACAGUGUGGUGGAGAAGCUGCUGUCACACGGCUGUGAUAAAUACUCAGUGAACAGUUCGUCACAAACCGCCUACGACAUUGCCAAGUUCUGGGGCCACAGACACAUCUCCAACCUGCUGGGCCGGACAGACGAAGGCUGCCAGAGAGUUCUGCCCGGUUCUGAAAUCAUCCCACAGGAAAACUACUUCAGCAGGGAGAUGCUGGACCGUCUGAGUGGGAAGAGAACCGACAAGACCUGGUUGGAGGCCAAACACAGCGACCCGGAUACGGUCUACCUGAUGUUCUCCAAGCUCAGCCCCAUGGUCAGCGCACCGCAGGAGGACAACGGCGCAAGGGGUGAGACCAGGCUGUGUCGGUUCAGAUAUGAGGCUGUGAAGGACCUUCUUCAGAAACCUGCUACUGUGCUCAUCUUCCUGGGCGUAGAGAGGAGGAAGAACCCCUCGUCAUCCUCCUCCUCUCAGAACAACGGCGGUACCUGGGAGCCUCCUGCCUGGUUUGCCGUCGGCACUGAUGAAGACGCUGUUGAGCUCCUUAAACGCUGCAGAGAAAAGAACUGCUGCUUCCCAAAGUCGCCCAACCGAGACCUGCUGAAGCUGAACGAGGAGGAGGCCGGAGUCGUGGCUCAGGCCCGGUCGGUGUUGUGCUGGCACAGCCGCUACAGCUUCUGUCCGACAUGUGGCAGCAGCACCGGUCUGGAGGAGGCAGGAUACAAAAGGAGCUGCCUGAACUCUGAAUGCCGGAGUCUGCAAGGCGUCCACAACACCUGCUACCCUCGAGUCGACCCGGUGGUGAUCAUGCUGGUGGUGCACCCGGAUGGAAACCAGUGCUUGCUGGGAAGGAAGAAGAUCUUCCCGACCGGGAUGUUUUCCUGUCUGGCCGGAUUCGUCGAGCCCGGAGAGUCGGUGGAGGAGGCGGUGAGGAGGGAGGUGGAGGAGGAGAGCGGCGUGAAGGUCGGCCCGGUCCAGUACGUCUCCUGCCAGCCCUGGCCGAUGCCCUCCAGCCUCAUGAUGGGCUGCCUCGCCAUCGCCGUGUCGACCGACAUCAGCGUGGACGAGAGCGAGAUCGAGGAGGCCCGGUGGUUCUCGCGGGAACAGGUGAUCGACUCGAUGUUUAAAGGAGCCCGUCCAGCCUUCAGCGUCCCUCCCAGACAGACCAUCGCCCACCAGCUCAUCAGGCACUGGAUCGGCAUCAACGCCAACCUCUGACGCCUGAGGUCCGGCUGAGACGGACCCGACUGUUCAGUUUGGCUGUUCAGUGAGUCCCGCGGGUUCACAAAAACACCCCAGGUCUCAGGUUUGGACUCAAAUGUGUGAAGCUGCAGCAUGAAAAUGGUUUAAUGAGCAAGAAGAAGUGUGCAAACAAAUACAGAAUUCUUCCAGAAACUUCUGUGAGCCGAGCCAGAUGCAUUUACACAAACAGCACAGAGUGUAACGCAAGAAAAAUAAUACUAGUGAUAAUCUGAAAGUGUGUCGAAGCCUUAAUCAAUUAAAGUCCGAUUUUAAGUCAGAAUCACACUGGUGUAGAAAGACAAAACAGCUUAAAUCGUGACGUAAAAGGUACGUUUCAGCUGUUUUGUUUGUUUUUUAUAAAUUCACUGAAUUCAGUCUGACGCACAGAAGUCGAUGAUUUUAAGGUGAGUCUGUUCAGUAAUGAAUGAUGUCCUGAACAGUUUUACUGCAGGAAGUGGAUGAAAAAUGUAAAUAUGUGCUCUGAUAAAAAGCGCAAAAAAAGAAAGAAAUAAAAACCGAAGUAAAUUUUC